AUGUCCUUUUAUAACCCCAGCUAUCCAAUUGCCCGGGAAAUUAAAAGACGGAUAAUAUAUCAUUCAGGUCCUACCAACAGCGGAAAGACCCACCACGCCCUUGUGGCACUGUCCGAUGCCCCCACAGGACUAUAUUGUGGUCCCCUCCGUCUCCUGGCCUCCGAGGUGUUCCAUCGACUCAAUUCCAAAGUGGUACCCCUCGAUAUGUGGUAGAAUGUCCCGUGUGAUCUUGUCACGGGGGAAGAACGACGGUAUGGGGUACCUGAGGCACCUUCCACACACAUGUCUUGUACAAUCGAAAUGUCAUCGACAGUUGCUGUUAUUGACGAGAUCCAAAUGAUUAAGGAUCCUUCCAGGGGAUGGGCCUGGACCAAUGCCCUCCUCGGUGUCUGUGCCUCUGAGCUGCACGUUUGUGGUGAUUCCUCCGCGAUUGAACUCGUAAAAAGGAUAGCCUCCAACUGUGGAGAUACUUUCGAGGGGGACUGUUUGGUGGCAUUUGAUCGCAAAAUGUUGAUUCGUUUGGCCAAGAAUUUCUCAAAGUUCACGUCGCUUGGAUUUUCCAUAAUAUACGGGGCUCUCCCCUCUGAUGUCAAGUUGGAGCAGGCCAGACGGUUCAACCAAGUGGAUGGGGGCAGUCAAGUCCUCCUGGCGACGGAUGCGGUGGGGAUGGGCCUCAAUUUGUAUUCCUCAUGUUUGAUUGGCAGAAAUAUACGGAGAAUUAUAUUCAUGACUGCCGUCAAGUUCGAUAACCAACUGCUUUCUAUUUCCGAGGCGAGGCAGAUUUCGGGACGGGCAGGAAGGUUUAGUUCAGAGUUCGAAGGCGGACUUGUCUCUGCUACCAACAAUUCCUCAUUAAAGUCGGUGAGGUCUCUUCUCAGGAAGCCUCUCCCUCCCACAAACCAGGCAAUGGUCGCAAUCACCUCCGAGAUUGUCGAGUCUCUGACAUAUUACCUCCCUUCUGCUGAUUUGUUGGAAAUUAUGGUUAUUUCCCUUUUAAAUAUACACAGAGAGUGUUCGAGGGCUAUGUAA